UUGGGAGUUACUCAAAACGAAACAGAAAGUGCCACGGCGUAUAAAUUAAUUAGCAAGGACGCCGAGUGGUUACAGCAAUCCACCCGAAGAGCUGAAGUCUACUGCUUGAAUGAGAUCAUGGCUUCAGUUGUCUACUGCUUGCUGUUGACUUGCUUGAUUUCUUCUUCCAAUUCUGACAAAGCAUUCCUCUCUCUGGAUUGCCCUAUUGAAAACCAUGGAGUUUAUGGCCAGAGGUCACUGAUGAAGUGCAUAGCCAAAACAAAUGGGAAGGAAAAUGUCACUAUCAAACAUGUUACAUGGAAGAAAGGGGAUACAAAAUUAUUGAUGGUCCAUGACGGAGAUUUAACACACAAUAUAGAUGGCUUUCAAUUUGCUGAUCCAGACUGGAAAGUAAAUUUGAACGCAAGCCUGUUGUUGACAAACACCAAGAUGUCUGACAUAGGAGAGUAUGAAUGCAUGGUGUACACAACCAUUGGGCAUCAAACAGCCAAAACCGACCUCAGUGUCACAGCUAAAUAUCAAACCCCGACCAUGAACUCCAUCCAGGGCCAGAACAUCAAGGACAACACGGAUGUCACCCUGUUCUGUAACGCAACGGGGGGAGACCAAAAAGGUUAUAUUCAGUGGUUUGAUGAAUUUGGUACAAACUGGACUCAAAACUCAGAGCUGGUCAGCAGUAAGAACGAAAAUGGACUGUUCAACCUCUCCAGUCGUUUGGUUUUGAAGGCCCCUUCAUCUAAUUACACAUGUUUGGUGUUCAACGCCAGAGGUGUUCAGGAAGGAAAAGCCAGUCUCAAUCUACAGUUAAUGAGUAUGAGUGGCAGAGAUAAUCGGAACUCGGGAGACGUUCAUGCCAGAUACGUAGCACCGCUCGUGAUCAUUGGAUCACUGAUCGCCGGACUGCUGUUUGCACUCCUGAUAUGUAGAAGACGCUCUCAGAAGGCUCGUCGGCCCUCCGCAGCACCCUUAAUGAGUGACGGACACCAUACAGUGACAACAGAAGAAGAUGUGGUCCCUUAGGCUCCAGAAUGAGGAACGGAACAAAGAUCUACUUUUAUGUUGCACUGUAAAUGUAAAGUCAGUCAUUGUAAUCAGAACUGCUGUCCCACUGUGAUCUAAUGUAGCUGCAAACAUCAUGUAUUUGUAUAUAGGAAUGUUACACUGGCUGAGCAUGAUCGUUUUUCACUUCUGUCAGUUUAAGAGGAAACUGCUGCUGGGAAUAUAGUUCACAGAACGCCAGUUUCUGUUCCUUCACUGUGUGGCUUAUAUCCACUGCAGCAACACAAACAACCAACUUUUCUAAUAGACUCAGCUCUUCAUUCUACAUUGUUAUCAAUCUGUUGUGUCCAUGUUUUGUACCAUUAAUGUGUGAUGAUUUUUUAUUUUUGUAUUAUUGAUGCAUUGGAUUUCCCCUCAUGGAUACAUUAAAUGUCAAUUACAAACAUGUAUAUUAAUUAAAUCUUUACAUUGAUUGGAAUAACUUUCACAACGUGAUGGCCAGUCUUCCCUCUGUACUUUACAUUGAUAACAGGAAUUAUGUGUCUGUACCACAUUGUCAGUAUGCCUAAAUCAGGUGUAGUGGAUAAUUACACCUUAUCAGCUCGCGUUUUAAGAAGGUUUUGCCCUUCCAGCUACAACCCUAUCACCAUGACAUAAUAGGUGAAGCACAAAAAAAAGUAAAGUAGAAGUCUUUCAUAGUUCGGCGGUGAGGUGAAAAGAAAAAUGGUGCAUACCGAGGCUAAAUACCAAAAACAGCAAAACUGUCCAGUAGGUGGCGUCCUCCCCAUGUUUUUUAAUCAACAUGAGUCAAGACAAGGAGUAACUCCAGUUUUUAUUUACAUUUACAUUUAGUCAUUUAGCAGACGCUCUUAUCCAGAGCGACUUACAGUAGGUACAGGGACAUUCCCCCCGAGGCAAGUAGGGUGAAGUGCCUUGCCCAAGAACACAACAUGUUUAAUAUUUGCAAACAAUAAUCUGAUGACAAGAUGGCAUUUUAUUGCUUAUAAAUUAAUGUUUUUUUCACAUUGUAAAUGUAAUUAUUUUACAAAGCGUGGCUGCAAAGAAUGAUUAUUAAUAAAAUAAUAUAAAUAUA